AUGUCUGUAUUCACGUUUUUCAACUGCCUUGGCUCCUCUGGGCUCAAGCAAAGAGCUCUUGCCAGCGCAUCUCGUCCAGUCGAAGCCCCAGCCGACACGAUGGCCGCGCGACGCCCUGUGCUGUUCGUCCUUGCCGUGGCGGCAUGCGUCUGGCUGUUCUCGGCCAGCGCUCCUGAAGCUGAGGAGGUCUUCGUGGUCCAAAGCCCUGCCCUUCGUGGCCAGGCAGGUGCCUUUGCCGGCAGCAGCAUCGAGCUCGCUGCGGUGGAAUCACCGGUGGUGCUGAAGGCUCUUCCGGAGCCUCGCCCCAACGAUGCCAUGCUUCCGGUUGAGCUGAACAGGACUUCUCUUUACUGGGGCCUGCUGUUGAUUUGCAUCCUCUCGGUGCUCUUCUCCAGCUACUUCUUCAACUGA